UGUGCGUGUGUGUGUGUGUCCAUCCAGCGGGAAGCGGUAGCGACUAUAGUUUUCCAACCCGAGGCGUCGUCUUCCAGCUGGACCAGCUCAUUCGACAUUUGACGACGAAUGGAAAAAGGUGUCGACUAAACCUUUCGCACCGGUGAUAAGUUUUUUGUAUAUAUACACAUCGUUUUUUACUCCAAUUUGACGUUUGCGUUUCAACAGACUGUUCCUGACAGACCACAAGAAAGUGAAUUGCAUUAUACGAAUACAUUAAGCGUUUUGAGUUUUAAUAUUAACACGUUAUUCAAACAGUUUGCACGCAAAUAUUUUUGAGUUAACCUAAACGUCGUGACUUGAGUGACAUCACUACGAACAAGUGGAUGCAAACUGCUGUAAAGUCAUUCGAGUGAAAAACAACAUGACAUGGUGACCUUAAUAAAGCAAGACUCCAUAAAUAAAAUACGGUAUAUAUACUGAAAACACUAUACGAAUAAUAGUCUCAAACGAGAACAUCAAAACAGUGACAACAACGGAUUGAAAACCGACAUCAACGGAAAUUAGUAAUUCCUUGAUAAAUUAUUUACAAUACAUAAAAGAGAGACAUCAUAACGGAAACAGAUGAAGACUUAAAAAAAAAAAGGAUGAAAUAGGAGCAUCGACCUUUCCACAGUGUUAAGGAGACGUGAACAUCUGAUUAUGUGAGAGACUGACAGGAACUGAAUCAUCAUCAUCAUCAUGCAACCUAAGACGAGCUCCGUUGCAGUCAUCAUCUUCAUCGGAUGCAGUGCAUCAUCAAUGGCUUGGCCUCUAGACAACAAGCCACUUGCAACAGAAAACACCAGUCACGAAAAUUUAACCGAGACUCUUCGUGGAAGACAGCGAGACAUCGAUACAGCCUCAUUUUUCCCAGCGGACGAAAGAUGGCUGAAGGUGGACGAACAGCGGUGGAGUCAUCUCGUCAAAAGGGCCGAACCUGAACCUGCCCAGCGUGAACGUGAGGCAAGGAAACGACCCUACAUUCCUCUGAAUAGUUUGACUUUCAUGACUGCCAAUAACGAAGUCGCCCCAAUCGACUGGUACUCCCAAAACGAUACAGAUAUUCGACAGCAAAUUGCUGCCAGCAAACUGGCAGGGUACAGGAAGCCUAGCGACCAGAAAACGUCUACUUCAACGUCACUCUACAAGCCUGAAAAUUCCACCUCGACCGACGUCACUCCUAACAAAUUCUUGCUAUUUUACACCACAACUAAGAAGUCUUUGCCUCAACAUGAUAUUUUCCCAGAACCAUCGAAACACCCCACCACACACAUAACACCUAGCACAGGCAUCUACAGUUCAACUUUCCGGGAGCCUUCCCUUGCUACUCCUUCGCCCCCUAAAAGCAAUUCAUUUUUGUCAGGCUCUAAAUUAAUAACAUUUAUACCAGUUCUGGUUAGCACUACGCCUCCGCCAUACAGAAUUAGUACUCCAACUUCAAGUUCAAAUGCCUCUGGUUUACAAUCUACUUUGGAAUCACUACACCAGCAUUUAACAAACUCAAGCAGAACUCCAUCAUUUGAAUACACAACCAAAAGAUCUGCAAUACUUACCCUUAUGGACAAAGUUAUGGCCAAUCCGUCAGCAGCAGAUACAACCACAGAACUACAUUCUACAACUUCUGCGUAUCCCCUUACCUCAACAAAAUUACCUCCCCAUGCACAGACUGAAGAAAUUGUAACAUGGCCAAGCAGCAAGGCCCCUAAUAUUACAGACGGCUAUUUCACUGCGCAAUAUUUCUUGGAAGCGAAUUUUCCCAAAAGAAACUCUUCGCACUUUGGUGACAAAAAUACUACUGGUCUUGAAAUCACAUACAAAAAGCCAUCAGUCAACCAUCAAGUACAGAGGCCUAAUUUCAGUGACAUAAACAGGCUUGGGAAUAGCAGUGUGAGUUCAUUUUCUAAUUCUACAACUACACCUACUUCAGCCCCAUUGACAAUAGUAGACCAACUUGUUUUACAUGAAGCAUUCAAUAGGCUAAAAAAUCAAGAGGAGCUACUGUCUCCUCUGCAAAAUGCAAACUCGACCCUGCCAACAGUUUACUCACAGCAGGUUACUUUCAUAGAAGAACCAAGUGUGGUGGGUCUUUCUGAAAGUGCACAAACAGCAGUGACAGAAAAGGAUGAAGACUGGUCUCUUGGAUACACCAAAAUUACAGAAACUGAACCAACAACAGACUGGGUUACAAGCCCUGAACCAUCAAGUACUCCAGAGCCUCCUGAAAUAUCAACCUCUAUUUCUUCUGGAACAUCUUCACCUUAUUAUGUGCAAGUUACUCCCUUGGCAACAAAAAUAGCUGCAUCACCUAUAUAUUAUUCACAUUCACUUUUACUGCCGAACCAAAGUGGAACCUCUGAAACAAAGACAGCGCAACAACAGCCAUUACCCCAAAAAGCUGAUGGAAACGACUCUAUUAAGCCUGCCGUUGACUUAACAACUGUACCUUCUCAGCCUGCAGGAGAUACCACAGUCAGUGACUAUGAGUAUGACUUCUUUGAGGAUGAUUUAAGUGAGUACUAUGCCAUCUAUGAUAGUUAUUAUGAACAAGGAAACUUUCACGACCCUAAUGCAGGACUAACCCCUCCAAGAUUCCCUGACCUUCAGACUUUAACUUGGCCCUAUACAAGAAGCCAAACUACUAGAAGCCCAGCAACUCUUGACAAUUUACCCCAGACUUUUCAAACACAGACAGAAAGCAUUCCAAAUGAAUCAUACUUCCCAGAAUCUCAGAUUCAGCCAAAUUUUCCAUCUUAUACGUCGACUAUUCACUCAUCUCUUCCUGACCCGACAUUCUCCCCAAAUAUCUUAUAUCGUCCAUUUAUGAAAAUAUUUGAGUUUUUGGGCAAAGUUUCUAGCAAUGGCCAGCAUCAGACAUCAAUCAAAAAUGAAUCAUCCAACAAUUUACAUAGUCCUAAAGUUACAUACACUCUCAGCAAUACUCCUGUUACAGUCUCUAAUCUACUUCCUGCUUACGAAUCCUCUGCACAAAAGAUUACAACAAACACUCAAAAUCUAACUUUCCCUAAUUCAAACUAUGCCAGUUACUCCACAACUAAUUUUGAUAUUUCCCCCGACAAAAUUGAUCUGUCGGAAAUAACAAACGCUGAAAUGGGCCAACAUAAUUUAGUUUCUCAGACGCAACAAGAUGAAUCUGAUGUUAAAGUAAACCACAUUUACAACCCUUUCAACUUGCACAAUGUAGGCUUCCUGGAUACUAAGUAUAGUCCUAUUCAUACAGCUUCGACAACUACAUCUUCCAAUACUCAUCCCCCAGCCAAAGUUUAUUCUUCACAAAAUACUAUAAAACACCAAAACACAGGAGGGUUAUUAUCAGAUAUCAACACCUUUGCUCCACUUAACCCUUUAAACCCCAUCAAGUCAAGCUACAAAUUUAAUACCUACAGAGAAUUUGGCACUGGCACUGCCAAUGAUCCAGUCACAGAAAAAAUUGUUAAUUCACUAGCUUUCCAGAACUUGAGACAUACUACUAAUCAGCCUUCCAGUACUUCCCAUUCAAGUCCACUGCAAAAACGGAGCACUAUUAACCCAAUUGAUACCCCUACAUUUCCACCACAUCCAAGUUUACAAGAAGAAAAUGACUUUGAACUUUCUAAAAACAACAAUAUAUCAGUUUUACAUGAAUCACAAAAAGAUGCACAAACUAUGAUUCACAGCAAAACUCAAAAUUUUCAAGAUACCAAACUUUUGCAAAUGAAUAAAACAGAUUUCCUCAUUAAAAGUGCUGAUAAUGACAUCUCUUUUACAUUCAAAACUGAAGAUAAAAGGAAAUUAAAUCAAGCCCAAUCAAUAAUUACUCAAGAAUAUGAAACUUAUUAUAACCAUAUACUAGUAGAUUCUAAUUCUGCAAAUGAUCAACUGCUCCCUACAAAAACUCCUGAAAGCUGGUCAUCCCAAACUGAUAACAGUCUUGUCCAAGUUUCUGAAAAAUUUAGAAAUACAAGUCUUGAAGUGCUACACAGUGAACUUUCAAAACCAACUGAUGUUGCUGCCAUUGCUAAUAUGUCUCCUCUGCCCUCUUUUUCUUCCCUUCUUGAAAAGACAUCGCCAGACUCAUAUAAUACAGCAUUCACAACACCCAUUGCUACAACCAGUGACUUAAAAAAUUACAUAAGACCACUUCUUAACCUUCCACUUGACCAACAAUUUUACUACCCACACUUACUACCUGUCUCCAAAGACUAUGACAGUAUUUCAAACUCACAUGUUCCAGCUUCUAAGACUAAUUCCAAUAAAAAUUAUGAACUUUUCUUUGUUGAUACUUUCCAGGAAGACAAUGACACUGUACUUGUCUUCAGCAACACAGUAGAUAUAUUCAGGUGCUAUUUCAAGUCAUCCAAUCCAGACAACAUCAACCCUAUGAAUUUAAGCCGCAGUAAUACAGAACACUACUCUGAUGUAAUGGUUAGAGUAUGGGAAAUGGAGGGAGGACAGCUCAAUCUAGUUAACGAACAACCUGUGCCUAUUGAAAUGUUUCAGAAUACUUCUCUUACAAAUGGAGCAGUUGUCAAUCCACAAGAUGUUCCCACGAAAGUCAUGGCUAUGGUUUCUUCAACAGCUCAAGUUAACCAUCCUCUUCUUAACCCUGAAAGCUACCUUCACACACGCAGGCGAAGAUCUUCACAGAAUUUCACUGAUGAUGACCCUAAUGACAUACUUCUUAAUUUGAAAUCAUCCUCUACCACUAUGGAACAUCCUAAGGACAAUGUUUCAUCAUACACAAACCACUCUGUAAAUUCUCUGACUGAAAAUGAACCAACGUUAUUUAAUGAUAGGCUAGAAGAAUUUCGUGACCAUCAAGAAUAUAUGCCACACAAUUCAUCGAGUAACAUUAACUCUAAUGUUUCUCUCUUGCAUACCAUAAUGCCACAUUUAGUGGGACACCUUUCCUCCUCCUAUCACACAUUCCUGCAACGUCUUGGGCAAAACCCUGAGGCUGCUCAAUCACAAACUAAUGAGAAUAAUCUUUUCACAAUAGCUGCCACAGCAGGGAGGAAUAUGGAUGGAAAUGUCCCAAAUGUACAUCACUUCAAUGCAGCUACCCAUUUCAAGAAACAAAGUGAAAACCAUUUUGGAGGAGUUGGUAAUCCAGAUCACAGCAACCUUCCACUGGCAAUUGGGACAGCUCUGCAAGAAAGUGAUAUUAAUUAUCUACAGACCUUAUAUAAGUUUGCAAAUCUUCUAGCAGAUUCUUCUAACACACAACCAACCAUCCAGUCAUAUCUAAAGACCCUUUCACAAUCACCUGGGCCAAAUCAAACCCCAAGUAGGCUUCCUCUCACAAAGCAUGACUUGAACAAUGAUUCAAAUUUAAAACCAGAUGUUGAAGAACUAGCAGCAGCACAAAGAACUGACGCACAUCAGAGCCAGGAAAACUCUAAUUCCCAGUAUGGAUCAGUCUUGGAAUUUCUACCUCCUGAGCUUCCUCACAUCAACCCACUAUUAGCUUCCAAUGAAGCUUCGGGAUACAAUCCUGUGGACCUCGGAAAAGUGAUCACCUCUCUGCCAUCUAGUAGUACCUUGAUCAGAGAACAGCUUAAAAGCACACUUGCAGCUGUCACCGGGACAAACACUUUUUCAGGUCACUUGGGUAAUCAAGGAUAUGUAAGUCACAACAGCCAUGCUACUCAGAAUUCCAUUUCUGGUAAUAAUGAGCAAGCAUAUAUUCCUCAAGAAUCGCAGCAUUCUGAGGAAGGUAUUUCUUCCUUCUUGGCUCAACGUCAUUUUCAAUCAUCAGUACCAACUUCCAUUGAUGAAGCCUAUUAUCCCUAUGCUCACCAAACAGAGUCAAACCCCUCAAAUGACCACGAGUUCUCACUUUUGAAUUUAUUGCAAGGUUCAACCUUUCAAGGGCAACAACGUCCCAACAUACAGGACGCAACAUUUACUAAUUUCCAUGAUGUUCCAUCUCAAACUCAGUUUCAAAAUUUAGGACAACAGGACAGUCUGUUAAAUUCUGCAUUUGUAAAUCAAAUAGAACAGCAGCGACCAUCUGCAAUGGCAGAACUGGGGCUUCAACAACCUUUCUUAGCAAAUUCUAACACAGAUUCCCAUAAUAAGUUACCUGGUGCUCUACUUUCAGAUGCUGCUUUGUUUUCAUCUAACAACUUACUUGGUAUAUCUAAUUACCCAACCCCUCUCCUGGAUUUCAUUUUCCAAAAUAUGUCAGCCAACAACUUCCAACCACAGGAAAUUGGUCUUCGUAUCCCACAGAUUCAAGCUUCAGAGCCAGUAGGUUCUUUCAAUCCUACUGAUCCUUACAUACCAGCACUCGAUUCUUCAAUCCUAGGGGAACCCAAUGUCGCAAACCCUACAAAUCUACUCCCAGAAUCCUCAGCAUCAAUUACACCAGUUCUUGCAACCUUCACAUCAGGUUCUGGUUCAAGUGUUGCUAAUUGUCAAAAGAAUGCAGGCUGUAUACUCGGUUUAGCUGGAUUGGCAAGUUUGGGAAUUUCAAAAGCUCUUCUUUUGCCUUUCUUUCUUGGUCGACGAAGACGACGAAGGCACAGCCCAAAUUUAACUUCUCCUCAUAUUGAAAACUUAAAGGCGGCGGCAGAUUUUCACCCUCUGUUCCCCAAUUCCAUAAAUCAAGAUAGCUUUACAAAAGAUACCCUAAUGGAUGACAUUACAAAAAUAAAUCAUUCCAGUAUUAAUGCCCCACAAGAUAAUGAUCAGCCAGAUAUACUGGUCAAACUACUGGCCUCUAAAAGAAAUAUGCCAAAAGAAAGAGAACCACUUGAAGACCUAUUUUACCGCUUACCAGAAAACCUCCAAUUGACAUUUAUGAAGUAUACACUGGAAGUUCUUUCUCAAAGAGAAAAGACACACAGUACAACUUGUAUUCAAGAAUGUACCUCAACAUACCACCUAAAAGGGCAACAAAAUUCAAGUUCUAGACCUGAGGGUAUAAAGGCAAGUACUCCACUGAGUCAUCAACAAAAGAUCCCAACUGUUACACAAGAACACCAGGCAACAACGCUCAAUCUAUGGGAGAGUCCAACAGAAGUGGCGAAUACCAAACAGAUGAAACUUACAACAUCUCAACAUACAGGAACCAAGUCCAGGCCACAACAAGAACUUUUCAAUUCUACAGUGAGCUCAGAAUACUAUGUUCAAAGUUUGCCAGUUACAGCUCAUCAUCAUGUACAUGACAUUCCUACCACAUAUUCUCAAGAAGAUUCCAUUUACACAACUGUCCACACACUCAAUGAUAAUUAUGCAUAUCCACAUGCAACAUGUCAAACUCAUGCUGCAAAACUUCAGGAUUUAAAGAAUAAUUAUACAUCAGAGCCUUUGGGAGAAACAUCAAGCUAUGUCACAAUAUUUGAGGACACUGAAUCUGCUUUCACAACAGAACCACAGCAAAAUGUUCAAACUCAUGCUACAAAACUUCAGGAUUUAAAGACUAAUUAUACAUCAGAGCCUGUGGGAGAAACAUCAAGCUAUGUCACAAUAUUUGAGGACACUGAAUCUGCUUUCACAACGGAACCACAGCAACAUGUUCAAACUCUUGCUACAAAACUUCAAGAUCUAAAGAAUAAUCUUACAUCAGAGCCUUUGGGAGAAACAUCAAGCUAUGUCACAAUAUUUGAGGACACCAAACCUGCUUUCACAACAGAACCACAGCAAGAAGUUCAAACUUUUGCUACAACCAGUUCUCUAAGUGAUAUAUCUGUUUCUACCUUGAAACAAUCAGAGUUACUCUUUAACCAAGGGAAACCUCAUUUGCUUACAAAGCUAGACGUUUCUUUUCCUAAUUCUCAAACCUCUUCUAAAGAAACAUUGUAUUCAAGCACAAUGCAAAGUCACGCAGAUAACAUUACUACAAAACCUGCAUAUCAAGAGUCAAGCACCACUUUUGCAUUUCCAAAUGCAUCAAAUUUCAAGGCCACAGCUCUCUUCCUCUACCAUGUCAAAUGGAUCAUAUACACGAUGACUCAAGGAGACGUUGUUCCUACUGGAAUACCCAAUGAUUCAACACUGAAUCCAACAACAGAAACAGAAACCCAAGUCUCAAUUUCUUUCUCUGGAUCUGAGGAUGAAGUGUCUAGCUACAGUCAAUACACUGAAUACAACACAAUUGGUAUCCCAGCAGAGCCAGCAUUGCCUGUACUCAACAGUCUCUCUGGUCCUCACAAUCAUGAAUCAGACUCUGUUCUGAAUCCUCAACAGUCCUCUACUACUUUACCACAAGGAGAAAAAAUACUACCUCAUCAAACUACAGUAUUCACUCCUAUAAAAAAAAAUGGACAAACUACAGCCAGCUUUCAAGCAGAUUCUUCAGAAUCUGAAGAAGCCUCCAAUUAUGAAGGACACUAUGACACACUUGUUACAAAUGAAAAGGAAUCUUAUCAUGUAACCAGUCCUCAAAGCCACAUAACUGUGUCAAGUUUAAAACAUCAGCAGCUUCCCAACAGCUUUGUAACCUUAAAGGAUACAUUAUCCCCACCUACAAAAAGACCGCAGGUUUUAUCUCCAAAUUUCCAUUUAGAAUUUGGAAAUUCUGAAUUUCCAAGCUCAAAAAAGCCACAGACAACAACCAAUGAGAACAUGAUAUCCCAUUUUCAAGAAGUAUCUACAGAAUCAUCUAGUUACACGGAGACAUUUGAAUACCGGCCACCUCAUACUGAAAGACCUGCAUAUCCUACAGUGGGGUCUGUUCUUGAUUCACACAGCAAUAAACCUAUUUCAAUAGUAGAGACCCCGCAGUACUUCUCAAGCCAUGUGAAAUUAGAUGGAGAAUUACUUCACCAAAAUAAGAAACCUGGAAGUCAUUCCCUAAGUUCUACUUUAAAUCCCCCAGAUAAAACCACAGAAAAAUAUCCUACAUUAAAUAAAGGUAAUCAAGAGUUUACUUCUACAACAGAAUAUAAGGUGGAGCUUUCCAGCAUUGAAGGAACUGAAAGUUUCAAACCUCAGCAGCUUUUUAACAGUUUUCCAACCCCAAAGGAAACAUUAUCCCCUCCAAAUCUUUAUGAAGCAACAACAGUUCCCACACACACAUUACAAAUUUCAAGUUAUGAUCACACUACAAAAAACAGUGGUCUUAUACCAAGCUCGCCUCCUCAUGAAGAAUCAACAUAUUUUGGUAGCGUUGAAUACAGUGACCACGAUAUUACUAAAGAACCACCAAGUGUGUCUGAAACCCUUCCCCUUCCACUUCUUAAGUCUCAGCAUUUGGUAUCUGGGCAUCUGAAACCCAAGGACAAAGUAGCUUCAUUCAUAUACAAACCAACCCAACAUUCAUAUGUCUCUGAAGUAGAAGUUCACAACGAAGAACCAAGUAUUACAAAGGAACCGCAAGUACUACAAGAAAAACCUAAUUAUUCUACAGAAGUCCAUCAUCUACUUUCUAGCCAUUCUCCAAGCAUUCAAGAACUGUUUAAUCAUGCGGACAAAAAUCAGUACCACGAUACACACUCAUCAACAAUACUUUAUCCUUCUACUACCAAUUCCCCCUUCAAACCUAUAAACACUACAUCUAAAUUUCAACCUCAUAUAUCUAGUUUCAUAAGACCACUAGAUAUUUCAUCCACUUCAACUUCAAGUUCCCUAUAUCUUGAUAUCACUUCAACCUCUGAACCAGUGCCCCUCACAUCAGGUUCUACUCUGAGUCAACACCACACUACUAAUUCCCUCCCUCAGACUCAAGUGUCUAGCUCUAUUUCUCAUGUCCAGGAUUCAACAAAUCGACCUCAAGAUGAUGUUGAUCAUGAAAAAGACUACACAUUAUUCAUCUCAAGUUCAAGACCUCAACAGAUUGGAUACAUUGACAAUCCAAGUCCUGAGUAUCAUAAUAUAAGUCCCUCUCUAAAGCCAGUGCAACAAAGGCCUGACUCUGAUACAACUAAUCAUCAAUAUAGGGUAGAUCACAGUCACAAACCACAGCCUAACAUACCUAAUUAUACUCAGUCCAGUCACAAACCACUGCCUAACAUACCUGAUUAUACUCAGUCCAGUCACAAACCACAACCUAACAUACCUAAUUAUACUCAGCUCAGUCACAGACCACAACCUAACAUACCUGAUUAUACUCAGUCCAGUUACAAACCACAGCCUAGCAUACCUGAUUAUGCUCAGUUCAGUAACAAACCACAGCCUAACAUACCUGAUUAUACUCAGUUCAGUCACAAACCACAGCCUAACAUACCUGAUUACACUCAGUCACAUUCAGUUAACAAUAAGGAUGACCAACAGGUCAUAGUUAAGGUCUGGAAUCUUGUGGAUGGUCAAUUACAGCUUUCUGGCAGUCAGAAGGUUCCUAUUUCUGAACUGGAAAAGGCUGGUAUCUCUCUCAAUACAAAAUCUACAAAACACGAUGAUGGCAACAUAUACUAUUUCAAUGCUGAUGACAUUACAGAUCAUAAAAACUCAGAUGUGAGUAUUAACCAUUCCUAUCAGGAAGGUAUUAAGAUAACAACUCUGCUGCCUUCUAGAUUAGAUGAAACUACAGCUCAAGCUAUCCCAUCCGGUUUCACAAACUUGCCCCAUGAAUUGGGUCUGAAUGCAAAUUCACCAUCUAAUCUGGACAAACCAAGUACUACACAACUCCUUGACAAAGAUUCUAGUUUCCUUUCAACCCACAGCUCACCUGAAAGGUUUGGUAAUAAAGUUCAAAGUUCACAAUCCAAUUACCAAGAUGAUUUUAAGAAACUACUCCAGUUACACAUGCAGAAAAAAGAGCCUUUACUAGAUGCUGGACAUGAAGCUAACCUAAAUUCCAAUCUACAGCCAAACAUAACAGUCAAUAUAUUUACAACUUCUGCUUCUCCUGUGUAUUUUCCUUCAGCUUCUCAACAACCUUCACUCUUUACCACUCCUUCCUUGCCAAUAAACAAUCAGCAUGAAAAUUUAGUACUUACAUCAGAAAUACAUAAACCACACAUAUUGCAUCCUUUGAGUUCAUCAAAACCAAAUCCUACAGUUUCAUAUGGACCUCCGCUUCCAGUGGGUUACAAUUUUUACCCACCUGCAAAACUAGAUCAUAAAUUAGACAUUUCAUCGCCAACAUACACAGAUGACUCGAGUAAUUCAAACUCUGACUCAAGUUUUCCCGAUUAUUCUCUGGCAUACAUAGGUGAAGAAAGUGAUUCACCAAGUUCUACUUCAGCUUUACAUCCUUUUCCCUCUCCACUGAAUGCCAACACAAACAGAAACACAGUAAAGCAAGGACUUCCAUUCUUGCAACAUAAUCCUGAAGACAUAUAUAACAAGGGGACUGGUAUAGCUAAACCACCAGUAAUUCCCCAGUAUAAUAUGCCUAAUUCCUUCCCACAUCAAAACAUUCCAUAUGCAUCUAUACCUCAUACUAACUUUGAAUUGCUUAAACAAACACAUGUAACUAAUCCCCACCCACAGCCAGCUUCUUUCUCACAAAGUAGUAUCCUGCAUAACUUUCCAAACUUGAAUGAACCGACUCACAAUGCAGGUGUUUCUUAUGUUUUAAAUGAUACCCCACAGAACUAUGAUGAUGCCACUAAAAGAGUCACACAAACAUCAAAAGCCCAACAGAAUUUGAAUUUCAAGCUUCCAAUUAUCCAUUCCCCUACACAUGAAGCUUCUAGCAUAUAUACAAACAUACCAGGACAAACCUAUAUUAUCAAUCCAACUAAAGAAUAUAAUUCUCUUCCUCUGCAUCCUCUUUAUCACAAUUAUUUCCCAGGCACGCCAGUAAAGGAACCCGUCUUCAGCUCAUUUAUUCCUCCAUCAAGGAAUGGUCCAUCAUCCAGCAAUGGCUCAUCCCUGGGAUUUUUCACUGUAUCAACAAAGGCUCCAGUAGCAAUGGCAACAAGUGUAAACGAUUACCAUCAUAACUUUCCUCAAGUAACAGAAAAAACCACUACCGAUCACUAUGUCAAGCCUGCCAACGAACUGAUAACAUCAGAACCGUCUCCAACUACACAGGCUUCGUUAACCAGUUCUCUCAUCCCACAGAAUGUUGUUACUGAUGAUGCCAAGACCAAUCCCUCACCAAUGCUACCAGUAAACCUAAACAAAACACACAACAUGACAAGCACUCCAGUUACUGAAAACAAUGAAAAACCCAGUUAUCAAGAACCUGACUCUAAGAAUCCACAAUAUUUGACAUUCGAUAACAACAGUCAUUUUACUAACAAACAGUCUCUUAACACAAGUGAAGUAAAUUACCAACAAAAUCUACACCUCAAACAGGCCCCCAUCAUACUUCAGAGUGGACACAAAAACCAAGAAAACUCAUCAUCUUCACAGCAGCCAACACUGCCUCCUAGUGCCUUUGGAGGAAUAGGCAACCCUGCAUUAUUGGGAAUACCAAUUGACUUACAACAAAACAACGGUUAUGCUGCCCCAACAGUAAAACCCAAAAAUUCCAAGCCAUUUCAAGCUUUUGGUGGGGUAGGUAAUGAUGCCUUAGAGAAUUAUCCUCUUUAUGUUGGGGGAAAUUUUGACAAAACUAAUGAUCCCAAUAGAUUUAUCGCACUAAAAAAUAAUAAUCCUCUUAUUCAAAAUAGGCCACCCAGUAGUAGUAGUAGUACAAGUAAUUCAGCAACAAGUCAAGUGUACCAUCCACAAAUUACCUCAGGCCAGGUAAACAACAGCCUUAACCCUCCUGGAAGCAUCUUCAGGAAUUAUGAUCAAAUACUUUCAGACCUACAAGAGCUAGAAACACUGGAAGCCCUCCUGGUUGAGCUGGAAGCCUUUGAGCCACAAACAGCUGAAACAAUACGAUUAAUAGCAAUUGAAUCGAUAUUAGCAAGGAACCCUUCUUUGGUAGAAUACUUAAUUUCAUCACAAACAAACAUUCAAGAAUCACGAUCAGAACCUGAAUCAACUGAGAGAACUGAAUAUGUAAGGUCUAAUGAGAAUAAAAAUUUAUAUAAUUCUUCACCCAUGUACGACAUCCCUCCAGAACUUCUAAAAAAAUUCAUAAACAUUCACAUAAAAAACCAAACAAGGCACACCAACAUCCAAAAGGAUUAUACAAAGGCCCAAAGCAACAUGGAAGGACCUCUUCACAGCUUAAUUCAAGGAACUGGAAGCACACCUCCUUCACUAGUGGAGCUUCGAAUAGCUCUUCAACAGCAUUUACAGCAUUCAAUACCAUUGAACACAAAUGGAAAUAACAGUGAGAAUCAUACCGUCAACAUCACCCACUAUGCACCAGUAAGACUGCCUGUGCCAGCAACACCAUCUGUACCAGCAACAGUGCUUGUGCCACAAACACUGCCCAGUGUCCUUGCAGUAACAACUAGCAAUGAUAACCUGUCUUCAGAAAUUUCAUUACCAACAGAACAGGUAAGCGAUGAAGCUAUGUUGCAGUGCCUCAGAAGCAUGUGGUGCUCUUUUGGUCUAGCACUAACAGUGGGUGUUGGUGCUGCCAGUGCAGUUGCAGCACCCUUUGUGACACCUGCCCUGGGGAGGAAACGAAGGGAAGUAGCAGAAGGACCUGUGGAUGAUACUCACAAUUACAUUAAUACCUCCAACCCAACAGUUAACCUUUACGCUGCAUUGGCAAAAGACCUGAUGAAUCAUUCGAAAAGUGAGGAUAACGAAAGAGAGGACGGACAAGAUUUUGAUAUACUGCAGCAAAUUUAUCAAGAAGAUAUGACUGGAGUGGUUAAAUCCAUACUGUUAGCAUUUAACAUAACGAGUGAACUGUACUUACCCAAUGCAAUUCUUUUAAAUAUGUUUAAUGACAUUAACAGAGAAAACAAUACGACUAAGCAGGGAUUAGAAGACUCUCAUAACUUUGACAAGCUACCUGUUUCUCACAGUGCUCUGGACGUUAUAGAUUCCCACAUCGAAAACCAAGUAAAGCAAAAUUCUACCUCCCACUUAACCAGCAUCCUGUCUGUCAGCCCUGUGAAGGACGUGGAAACAACUCUCCACACUACUGCAGCGGGGUCAACCAGUACGACGAAAGUGGUUCCUAAGGCCAAAAAGAAAGGAGACCAAUGCUCCGAAAAUGAUGGGUGCUCUAUAGGCGUUGCUCUAGCCAUAGCAGUGGUGCCUUUUCUAGCAGCUCCACUCUUAAGGAAGAAGAGGAGAAGAAUAGUUGGAAGAGAGAGGUUAGAAGAUGAUUUGACACUCGAUGAAAUAUUUCCUCCAGAGCUUCAAUCUCUGCUGCCUGAUUUGGAAAAUGGACUGAAUAUUCACAAGCUUUUUAAGCAAGAUGUCAGUGCUUCCUCAAUGCCAGCAAAUGUCAGCAAUGACGGAAAUUGAAUGAAGUGUGAAUUCAGUACCCAUGAAUUCAUCUAAAACUUAGUAGUGCUAAGUAAACUACUCGUAUUCCAGCUUUGUGAACUCAAUGAAACCUAGGGGAACUUUACCAAUUCGUGGGCAUUAAUGUAGUAUAUAGUACUUGAUCAUAAGCCACUUUAUUAUACUUAAAGCAUGUAAAUACACACAGCUUAUAUAUACACUAUGCAUACGAGCACAGGGGCACACUGCUUGUUCACUGAGAAAUUAAUGAACGCCAAGAGACAGAGCUUGUAAAAACAUAACAUUAUUCAAAAAAAUAAAUAAAUAAAAACAUUUUUAAAUACUGUAUAUACAAAACAAGGCAAAGAAACCAUAGACAUUAUGGGAAAAUGACUAAGGGUUCCAACUGCUUACCUAAAGC